AUUGUGUUAAUUUGUAUGAGUAUUUGUUUAUGUAGUCGUAAUACUCUUACUUACUAGCUAAUACUAGCAAUCUCUUGCACUGGUACUGCUUUUUUUGCUUUUUGGUGCUAUCGAAUAUUGUCAUUAUACCCAAAUGACGAUCUCAAUACAUACAAAUACAGACAUACAUACAAAAUCCGUCGUUUAUGGCAUUGCACAAGACGUAUUGGGGUGGGGGAGAUUGGUGCUGGAAUGUACGACUCUCGAAUGCUUUCAUGAACGUCUCUCCGCCGCCAUGUUGUCCCCUCCUCCAUCGACCGCCUUGUCCCCUCCCUCUCUCAGCCUUUCCACCUCACUUGUCCGACGACGCGGUAAAGCGCAGACCCAGAUCUUGCUUUUCUGGAGGGGGAAAGGCAGACGUUAUUCUAUCCAUUCAAGGAGCAUUCGGUCAGAGGCCACUUUGACUGAGAACCGAUACAUUUCAUCGGCCUUAUUCCGUCGUCGCUUUGCAAGCUCAGUAUGGAUCCAAUGACUCAGUCCGCCCAGAUAUCAUCGUCACAGGGCUUCGCAGAUGGACAAAAUUCUGCUUCUAAAGAAUCAAGGCCAACCGAUUCCUUUCUUUCCUCUUCGCCUGUAUCUCUCAUUCAGUCUUCACAAGACAAAAAGCUGGUGCUGGGUUCCAACAAGCUCUGUCAAGGGGUAGCGACAUCCCUUCGCUUUUCUUCCCAACCUGGUUGUUUUACCCCCGAUAAUUACGGAAGUGAUGCACAGCCAGAGUCUCCAAUAAAGACUUCCCCUGUUUCGGAACGCAUCAAGGCUCUGGAAGCUCUUGCAGCCAAAAAGGAGAGUAAUUUUAGAAGCAAUGGUUCCUCACACUUAAAAGAUCGCCACCAUGACAAAGCUCCCUCUGAUACCGCUGGGUUUCAGAAGUUUUGCACGGAGAGAAAUGUACCAGUUGUCCAAGUGAAAAGAGGCUCUACUGAUCAGGAUUCACCAGAAUCCCCCUUUGAGGUUCUUGGAGACUUAAGACGAGUGAAUGAAUUUGAAGAAACAGAAGCGUGGAUGAAGGCUCAUCUUCCACCAGUACCAGACUUGGAUGAUGGUGGAUUUGUUAAAGGCACCAUCUCUUCAGAAUUUAAGUCAGAGGACAGUCCUGAUUCCCCUCCUUCUUUUGCUCGUGUUCCUGAUGCUUUCAUGGACUCUCCAAGUGAUCAAAAACAGAAGGAAGACUUCCCAGGUGAUUCACAGAAACACAUAAGUGUUGACGAGCCAGACUUUGACCUUAACUUUCUGCCAACCGCUUACAUGUGGGUUCAGCAGGACCAGUCAGAGAUCCAAGAGCCAUCAAGACAGGAUUCGAUGCAUCCAGAUGGCCCUGAAGCCACUCCAGAUGUCAUGAGUGACAAGAGUACCACUUGGACUGAAGAUCUGGAGCCAUCAGAAGCCAGGGAAGUGGACAGCUCAGGAGAGUCUGAUGAAACUGUUAUUGAAGAUGGCUUCACCCCUGUUACCCCACCUCCAAAACCUGAUUCUUAUCUAUCCAAUGACAUCACCUGUCCGGGAACCACACCCCCUCCCGAGGAAAUGGUGAUGCCCCCUGCAAGGUCAGAGAGAAAACUAAUGCAGGUUCCCACAAUCAAUGUGAUUGAAACAGAGGAGCCAAAUUGCAGCGAUGACGAGAUGGAAUUUGAAGCAGAGGAAGAAGACUACGAGGUUGUCGACGAGAGUCCAAAAACUGCAGAACCAACUCAAAAGGACCCCAAUGAAGCACCUAACAGAAGGCCCCUUGAAACUGAAUUCAUGGAAGGCUAUUCUCCUCCGUCCUCACCUGUAGACUCGGAAGAUGAAUACUCUCCCAAACAAAAGAUAGUCAAAUCUUGUCCUGAUAUGAUCCGUGAGGAAUCCGCACCGGAACCACACCCUGAAAAAUCAAAGACUAUUGCCACAUCUUCUUCAGAUGUACAUGAAGAUGUGGACUUACCUGACAAAGAUGAGUGGUCAAAUGAAGCACAACAAAGCUUGGCUGAACAAGACCAAACUGAUUUUACUGCCCAGGAAAACCUCAACAACAAGGCAGUGGCUCGCUUCUCGAAAAGCUUCAUGCGAGAUGAUACUUACGACGGGCAAUCCUUUGAUUAUGAACCGUUGUCUCCCUUCUGUGAGCUCGAGAUAAAGCCAAAAGGUGCAAAAGAUCGCUUUCUGGAUGACUCUUCUGAAGUUGAUUCUGAAACCCAGGAUGCAUCACAGAUGGGUGACAAGACAAACAAGUCAGCUAGCCAUCAAUUUUCGAAUAAUACCUCACAUGUUAGAGACAACUACAAGGCAGUUGGUGCUUGUGAAAGGCCCUCCGAAGUACAGCAGGAUUUGAAAGUAACUGACUGCUCGCUUUCUGAGCCCGUGGAUAGCUUUGUUGAAUUCAUGCGAGAGUGCCUCAAAUCAAAGGAGGGUGAAGAGCUAGCUGACACUCAAGGUGUUCCUUCUGAGGACGACUAUGGUCAGCAAUCCCCUCCCACGAUGGUAAUGGAUUUUGAACAGGAACAUCUCACCAUAAGUGCUCUCAAACAGCUGGGCUGCAGUCAAGAGGAAGAGGACAACGCUGCAUGUACCCAACAGUCUUGCUUUACCCCAGUCGCUAAUGCUCCACGUACCCAAACCAAAACACUCUGCUUUGACAGCACGUACUCUGAGGAGGUUGAAGCCAUCGACAUAUGGGUUGCAGAAGCCUAUCAUCUUGCAGAGCAUGUCUUGACAGCAAUACUAACCCACGUAUCAGUGAAAGAUCUGAUUCACUGGCGGGACCCUAAGAAGUCUGGCUUGGUGUUCGGCCUGUCCAUGCUGCUGCUGCUGUCGCUGGCUGCCUUCAGCGUCAUCAGCGUGGUGUCCUACCUGCUCCUGGCACUGCUCUGCGUCACCAUCACCUUCCGCAUCUACAAAUCUGUUGUCCAGGCCGUGCAGAAGUCCAGCGAGGGCCACCCCUUCAAAUCUCUGAUAGAUAAGGAUGUCAGCAUCCCCCCAGAGACUUUCCGCAAGCACGUUGACGUCAGCCUGACCUACAUCAACCGAGCCCUGAAGCAGAUGAGCCGCCUCUUCCUGGUGGAGGACCUUGUGGACUCCCUAAAGCUGGCUGUGGUUAUGUGGCUGCUGACCUACGUUGGCGCAGUCUUCAAUGGCAUCACCAUCCUCAUCCUGGCUGACAUCUUGCUCUUCGCUGUGCCGCCCAUCUACGAGAAGAACAAGACCCAAAUUGAUCAGUACAUCGACGUGGCACGUACCCAGAUCAACACCACCAUCGCCAAGUUGCAAGAGAAGCUCCCCGGCGCCGUGAAGCGCAGCAAAACUGAAUAAUCGACCCCAGUUAAAAAAAAACAAAGUCAUAUCUCCAUCACCAUAGACUUCCUACUCCCCCACCCCCCGACAACCACUCAGUCUAUCCCCCCACCACCCUCCCUCCGAUCCAUCACCCACCUUCAACCAAUCACCACCUGUCUACACUGAACGUUAAUAGCUAGAAACAUCUCCGAGCUCCUCGAUAUUAAAUGCCAAACUACUGCGCAGCUUCACUCGCAAGCAUUCAAAAAGAAGUGUGCCAGUGAGGAACGCGUGACCACCACCCCGCCCCUCUCUGUGGACAUGGCCACGAUAGAGGGUGGGCAAACGGAGGCGCGGUCGAGUGAACUAGACUGAAUCUAUGACCUGGUUUCAAGGGUGCAUGUUUGCGGCGCUUCAAAGCAAAUGUCUGUACUAAAAACCAUAGAAUUUCCCUGGAGGGACAGCUGAUCAUGUAAGCUGGAAACAUUUAAGGAAAAACGAACAAUGUUUAUAUAAAGUAAAGUCAAGAAAAAAAAUGGAUAUAUGCAUUCUAACCUUGUAGGUGUCAUUGUGGCUAUUCUCAUCCUGCUCUCUCUGCUCUGCAUAGUGUCCUCAUUUUUAGAAGCAGGUCACGGGUUUGCUUGUAAAGCUGCACAGGCAGCACUUCAUGUGUGUGUUAAAGUUUCUGCAAUGCACUGAACUUUUAUUUUGAAACCCAGUGAACAGGUUGAAAUAAAAGCAUUUGGAACACUGAGCCAGCUGUGAUAAUUUAGUCUAGUUCACCAUCUUUGCAGCGGACGAACCUCGCUGGUCGUGCAUGUACGUACAGUACACUUAAAGAUCAACUUACUGCUGUUACUGACGAGCAUAAAUAGAGCUCACUGAGCGUCAUAAUUAGACACAUGUCUGGAGUGAAUUCAUGAAGCUGGGUAAAGCCGUGACCUUGAUUGUUAACGUUGUAAUUAAAAGAAAACGUUCAUUAUGUGUAACUAUUUUUAAAUGCUUUACAGCAAUUUUAGAUGAAUAGUUUAUGUAGCUUUUUGAGUAUGGAGGCUGUUUUCUAAUGGUUUGGACUGCUGCGAGCGUCGUAAGCUUGGAAGCAGGUUCUCACCCACCCUCAGUAUAUGCUGUUUCAUAUUCCCCACCCCCAUUUCUAAGCUUAUGGAAUUUUAUUUUAUUUUUUUUAAUGACUCGUGAUCGUUUCAGUGGUGUUUGUAUAGUUCUGUGUUAGCACUGCAGCUAUACCGAAGGGAGUGAGAUGAUGUUGCGUGAUUGUUUGUUUCUGUUCAUCAUCCCUAACGCAAGUUAGUAUGCAGCCACAGUGGCUAAUGAUGGAUGAAUGCUACCAAUGCAGUCCAAUGUGUCCGACUACUAUUACUUCUACUGCUACGUGUGUUUUCACUGGUCCAACAUUCCGUGCCAUGCAUGCCAUCCUUGGUGUGUCGCCCCACUACCCCUCACCAUGCACGGUCUUUCAUUCAUACUUUGGAUGCUAAAGCCAAAAUAUGCAGAGAUGAGGUGCAUUUCAGUUUGUCUCAUCAUCUUAGGGUAUCAAUUGGCAUGAUUAUUGAGGCUUUAGUUGCUCAAAAGCUUGCUGGCAAGGCUCGAUAGAUGUCUACCAUGCAGAACCAUAGCUAGCUUUUUCUUUGAGAGUGUAAUAAUAUAUAAACAACACACAAGCUAUAUAAUGGAUGACUCUUAACCAGCUUGCUCAAAGCAUGUUGAUUUCCUGUGUUCAUUGGGUUAGGGAGUGUGUGACAGGAGCGUUGUCUUACUUUUUGUCUCCUGUUGAGCAGUGUUGUUGCUUUUGACCCGUUUGUACCUAGAUGUUCUCUAACAUCAGCUCUGUUUUGUAUUAGCUAUGACUUUGGUUCUACUUUUUUGGGACAAGUUGUUGCAGGAGAGAAAAAUAAAAAGUAUGUGGUCUCUGUACUGAUGUCAAAGUGAAAUUAAUAAAAACACGUCAAAGGAC